AUGAACACAUCAAGAUAUUCUGCAUCUCGACAGAAAUCAUGCGACCAAUGCUCAACCUCAAAGGCAAAAUGUGAUCGCCAGUCUCCCUGCGCAAGAUGUGCUAAACGAAGUCUCUCGUGUGUCUAUCCCAAAGUACCUUCUGGCUCUGGUGAAUUUCCCGGUGGCCAAGCGCAGGAUGAUAGUCUCGAUGGCUCUGAUCAUGGAACAAGAACAUCAUUUACUAGUUCGCGCCACGAAGUGCUUCUAGCCAUCAGCACAGAUGAUCUGGCCGAGAGUUCUCUCAACUUUGGGUGCCUGGACUUACUCUGUCCCAUCAAUGUGGAGGAUAUUAGCAAUCGCUGGCUGAACCCCUACAUUCCUGGUCCUGAGCAAACCAUAAAGUCUUAUCCCGUCACUGUCAUAAACUAUAUUUGGCGGAUAUUGAACUCGUAUGCUGCCAGUGCAUCUCGUGGACGCGGUAUACUCCCGUUCAUCCACCCCGCACAAAUGAACGGCCAAACAGCAAGUUCACCUCUGAAUACUUGCUUGAGUCUAAUACGGAUAAGCGAGCAUCCCUUACCGGGCACCGAAAGUGCUGCUGCUCUUGUUCUUCAACGAGAAAUGGAGAGUAUAGCCGCAACUCGAGAAAAGUACGAUGACAUGGCGCUUCUAGCUGCUUAUCAAGCGUAUCUCAUAUAUGCACUAGUGUUAUUCUUCCGGCUGAGUCAAGGCUCGAGUGCUUUCUUUCGCCAAGCAAUGAUGACACUACAAGAGCUAGCGUGCUCUACAUCUCGUCGAGGCCUUGUGUGCACAGCCGAUCGACAUCAUACGCGUCCUAAAUGGGAAGAGUGGAUUGUCACUGAAUCGAAGAGGCGCACACUUUAUGUGAUGUACCUUUUCGACAGCAUACUUUCCUCGCAGGAGAACCUCCCCACCUUUCUGGGUACGGAGUUACGAGGGCUUCCCGCUCCGGCAAACAAACUCAUGUGGCAGGCACAAGCACGACGGCAGUGGGAGAAGGAGUACAAUGUUUCUCUGACGGAGUGGACGAGGCAAUAUCUGACUAUUGACGAGCUUUGGCCCAUGCCACCAGGUCUAGAUGCUGCUGAUAUUGCUGAAAGACGCGAUAGAGUCAACCGCUGGCUUGAAAACAUGGAUGAAUUCGGGACUAUGCUCUUUGCAGUUACGAGUUGCACUCAUGGUUGA